AUGGCCAACCUCAUCGGAGGCAAAUGUCUUCAAUCUCUAGAGACGCCGACCUUUGUGAUCCACAUUCUAGGAUUCUUUAGAAUCCUUGUUCCUCUUGCCUAUAUGUCUAGUCACAAAUCAACUAGCGAGGUCUUUGGCCCCAUUCAGAAUUCCGGGGAUUUCGCUUCGGAUGGUCUAGCUUGGUUUGUUGGUAUGGCAAGCUCCAUCAAUCUCUUCGCUGGAGGGGAUGCCGCCAUUCAUUUUGAUUUUGAUGGUCCGAUAGCUGAGGAGGUUGAGAACACUGCCGUUGCUUUGCCGCAAGCAUUGAUACUAUCCCUCAUUGUCGAUGGCUGUUUAGGCCUUGGAAUGCUCUUGGUAACGCUCUAUUCAAGGGGUACCGAGAUGAAUGGUCUUUGGGUAUCGACUAAAUACUUUCAUCGUGUCACAGGGUCUUUCCCUGGUGCUGUGGCCAUAACUUAUAUAUGCACCAUCCUCGUGGCGAGAUCAACAUUUGCUGUAUUAGCUGCGGCAUCUCGACAGUUUUGGUCUUUGGCAAGAGACAGUGGAAUGCCCGGAUGGCGUUCCUGGGAAAGGAUCUCCUCCCGGAAGCUUCCAACUCGCGCUAUCCUUCUAGCCUCGCUUGUUGCGCGGUUAAUUUCUCUAAUUGACUUAGGCUCUACAGCUGCCCAUUUAGCUCUCACAAGUACGGCUGUGACGAGCUGGAAUAUGUCGUAUUUGAUUGUCUAG